CAUCGCCUUCCUCCCUUUGUAUAAAAAUCUGCUUUCCUAACUGAGCAAAACCUUACCUUAAAGCCCUCUCUCUCUCUCUCUCUCUCUCCUUUUUCUUCAAAAAAACAAAACUCUUUCAGACUACUACAGUUUCAUGCACACGGCUACAAUUCUUCCCUUGUCUGCUUUGCUCCAACUACUUGUCAUUUUUGCACAAUUUGGUCGUGUUAAGGCAUACAAGUAGUUUCCAAUUUUGGAAAUCUUGCAAAUAAUGAACCCAAUAUUUCGAAUUAAGGAAGAGUAUCCUGGAGGGUCAUCUUCGAGUGUAUGGCAACUGUCAAGUGAUCAGCGACGGCCGGAGGCGGCGGAAUAUUGGGUGGCGCCGCCGCCACGGCCAAUGGAGGGGCUGCAUGAGGUGGGGCCGCCGCCGUUCUUGAUGAAGACUUUUGACAUGGUGGAUGACUUGACCACCGCUCAAAUAGUUUCUUGGAGCAGAGGAGGUCAUAGCUUCGUUGUCUGGGAUCCCCAUGCCCUCUCCACCAGCGUUCUCCCAAGAUACUUCAAACACAACAAUUUCUCAAGCUUUGUCCGUCAGCUGAACACUUAUGGAUUCAGAAAGAUUGACGCAGACAAAUGGGAAUUUACAAAUGAGUCAUUCAUCAGAGGCCAAAAGCAUCUCCUAAGGAACAUUAGGAGAAGAAAGGCGCCCUCUCAGCCUCUUCCUCACCAGCAAGCCAUUGCCGGUCCAUGUCUCGAGCUAGGAAGAUUCGGGCAAGACUCGGAAGUCGAACGCCUUAGGCGGGACAAGCAGGUGAUGCUGAUGGAGCUCGUGAAGCUCAGGCAGCAGCAACAGAGCACUAGAGCUUACAUUCAGCAAAUGGAGUUAAGGCUGCAAGGGACAGAGAAGAAACAGCAGCAGAUGAUGAGAUUCUUGGCAAGAGCAAUGCAGAAUCCUGACCUAAUCCACCAGUUAGUCCAGCAGAAGCAGAAGAACAAAGAGCUAGAAGAGGCUAUGACCAAGAAGAGGAGGAGACCUAUUGAGGCCGGGGAGUCUAGCCGAAUCAAGGUCGAGCCCUUGGAGUUUGGCGGUCUUUAUGGACCCCAAGUGUCUGAACUUGAGGCGCUUGCUCUAGAAAUGCAGGGGUUUGGGCGGGCAAAACAGGAGCCGGAGGAAGAGUCUGAGGACGAUGAAGUCGAACAACUAGAGAGUUAUCAUGAUAAAGAACUCGACCAGGGGUUCUGGGAAGAGCUGCUGAAUGAGGGAUUUGAUGAAAGAGAAGGGGUGUCCAAGAAUGACGAAGAAGGUGAAGAGGAAGAUGUGAAUGUGUUGGCUGACAGGUUUGGGUUCUUGGGUUCAAGUCCUAAGAAAUUAAGCUAGCUCUUUCUUACAGGGAAUAAUCGACAGUGGUAUUAUAUUAGGACAGCCUAAGACCAGGCUCUUUGGGAGAAGAUUUCGGGUAUCAUUCUCCAUUUGCUAUUCAUGCUAUGGACAAUAAGUACUUUAUCGUUUAGUGACCUCAUUUGCUAGUUUAUGAUAGUUGGAAUCUUGAAUAUUUGCUAUAGUUCGGUGUUGGUUCAGGUAGGAUUAUGUGGAUGAUGUUAUAAUACUAUGUUUCACUUGGGGAUUGUCUGUCUUAGUAUUAUGGACUGUUGAUUCUUAUUGAUAGGAGAGGUACUUUAUUGAAGAAUGGAGCUUUUAUUCGGAUUGGA